UGUUUCAUUCUUUCAUUUCCUGUCAAGUUUAUAUCAUUUGACCAGGAAAAGUUCGUAAGGCUUUAAAAACAAGACAUCGGAACUCUUCGUUUAAAAUUAUCACUUAAUACCGUCAUAGAAUCUAUCAACAUUGUUAUCAUCAUCAUCAUCGCCAUCACUCUCUCCGUUAGCAACACAACGAUUCCAGCUACAAAUUGGAAGACGUCACUUCGUCGCUAUAUUUGCAUGGAUUUUGCUGACGCUGAUUAUACACUCGUCCAUUGUUUACUAUAUAGCUUUGUGUUACUCGCAUGAUGAAAAUAACCAGCCGCAUACUUGCCAUAGCUAUGCUGCUCUAUGUUCUUAUAAUACUAAUCUCAACUCAAAUAAUCCAUGCUGUCACAAGUGAAAGCACAGUUGAAACUUUCAACUCUUUCUAUGACUUUUGGUUAUUCCGGCUGUUUUUGAACCUGCUUGGUUAUGCUACUUUGUUUGUGCCAGCAGCAAUUCUUAUCCGUUACUUUAAGAGAAAUGGUUACAAGAAUAAACCAGUGACUGGGAUUUUUUCACGUGCAAUAAAAUUGUGUAUUUUUGGCAAUGAAAUUGAACCUGAUGUUGAAGAUGCUAGCUCAACCACAAAGGAAAAUGUUCCAGAAGAGAAGCACUCUAAUUAUUGGAAGACAGUUAUCCUUCUAUUUUGUUUUGCUGGCCUACAAGGUUCUUAUCUGACAUGGGGUAUUUUACAAGAACGGAUCAUGACCUUUCAAUAUGGAAAGACAGAAACAACACCUGGCGAAUACUUCAAAAAUUCCACUUUCCUUGUUUUCUUGAACCGCAUUUCAGCUUUCAUUAUUGCCCUAAUAGUCAUCACAUUACAGACCCAACCAAGACUUACAGCACCUCUUUACAAGUGUUCAUACAGUUCUUUUUCCAACAUUAUGAGCAGCUGGUGUCAAUAUGAAGCACUGAAAUUUGUCAGCUUCCCAACACAAGUUCUUGCAAAAGCUUCUAAGAUUAUACCAGUGAUGCUGAUGGGAAAGUUAAUCUCAAAAAAAUCAUAUGAAUUUUAUGAAUAUCUGUCCGCUGCAAUGAUAUCAAUUGGAGUAAGUAUUUUCUUGCUGACUAGUCAAGAUGUUACAAAACACAAGGAUUCUGUAACAAACUUCUCUGGAGUAUUGUUACUUGUUGGCUAUAUGGGGUUUGACAGCUUUACUGCAAAUUGGCAAGGUGCUUUGUUCACUCAGUAUAAAAUGUCCUCAUCCCAGAUGAUGGCUAGCGUCAAUUUAUUCUCUUGUCUUUUUACUGUUGUAGCUCUUAUUGAACAAGGAGGCUUUGUUGAGUCAGUAGCCUUCAUGACUAAAUAUCCGACUUUUAUAUUUCAUGCAGUUAUUUUAAGUUUAUGCUCUGCAUUCGGUCAACUCUUUAUAUUUUAUACAAUUUCAAAAUUCGGACCUGUGACUUUUACAAUCAUAAUGACUCUGCGCCAAGCCUUUGCCAUCUUCCUCUCUUGUAUUAUUUAUGGACAUCCCAUCACACUACUUGGAAUAAUUGGUGUGGCUGUGGUAUUCUUUGCACUGUUUCUAAGAAUUUAUUGCAAUCAACGGAAAAAAGCACUUGCUUCUCGGCGUCAUUCUAAUAAUGAAAGAUAAAGAAAGGUAAAAGAGUGCAAAUAUGAGACUGAACAAGAUGCAAAGACAGAUGAGACUAUUUUUCAUUUGUAAAAUUUGUGUUUUUUAUUAUUAUUAUUAUGUUUUAAAAAUAGUGAUAGACUUGUCAUUGAUUGUUGGUUAAUGUUGGAGUGUCAAGAUUACACAAUGGUCCAAACAUGCUGCAUUGGCCCUAAACUCAGUCUUGGCUGCGUCAUUUAUUUUAAGCAUUUAUUGUGGACUGUUUUCAUUUAGUUGGUCAUAUUCACUUGGUGACAUAAGGGAUGAGGUUUAUCUUGUUAUUGCGGGGAGGUAUAUAAUUUGGAUUCAUUUAUUGUCCACAUUUUGGGUAUCUCUUGUUGCAAAUCAUUGUAUUUGCUUGUUCCCCCUUUUCCUACUUAUAUAUAUAUAUGUAUACAUAAGAUAUUAGAAUGUUAUUGUAAAAGUACAAGAACAUUGUUUUUAUUUGGCAGAUUUUGUUUGUCAAUCUUCCAUGACAAUGUGGUAUGGCAUUUUAGCAACUGAAGUUCUCUGAAAUUAUUAGAAUUAUUGCAGAACUUGGUUCAUUGAGCAAGGUUGGUCGCUGCUAAUGUGAGCUGUGACUGUCAUUUAUCACUGACACGUAUGCCUUGUACCCUUGCAUAUUGUCCAGUGUACCAAUUAUUGCUAUUACUGCUAGUAGCACCAUUGUUGUUUUUAGUUUCUGCUUUACUUUUUUUUUCUUCACAAAUCAAAAUAUCCUUUUGAGGGUAUGAGCCUUUUAUUUCCCAAAUUG